AUGCAUGCAACUGGAUCUGAGAUGCUUCGGCUCUUACCAUCCAAAAAGGUGAUCCAGCUUGCCUGCAGCGAUGAGCACUAUUUGGCUUUGACUACAGAUGGGCAGGUCUACCCUUGUGGCUCCAAUCAAUAUGGUCAGCUUGGGCUCGGAAAUACCAGUCCUGUGCAAGAGCUGGGCCAGGCGGUAGUAUCACUACAGACGGACGCAGGCUCUCAGAGAUUUGCAACUUUUGUUGCAUGUGGGAGAUGGCAUUCUGUUGUGAUAUGCGAGCAGGAGUCAUUGCAUACCUUUGGAAAUGGUGACUAUGCCCAAUGCGGGAACGGUGGGCAAAACACCUUUACCCCCAAAUGCCUGGGAUGCAGCGAGCAGAUCGUCAAAGCUUGCUGUGGCUCUAAUCAUUCGCUAUUCUUGUCUUCAAUAGGUGAUCUUUAUGGCUGUGGGUCUGGACAGAUAGGUCAACUGGGCGCUCAUUUGCGGUCGAGUCACAACUAUUCAAAAGUCAAACUGCCAGAAACGGUCAGGGGUCGUGUCAUCGACAUUUUCGCCAACCCCAUGCUGGAAGUUUCUGUGCUGAUGGACGAGCACGGAGUGUUUCAUCUUGCCGGGGCAGCAAACGAGUUGCUGGGCAGCCGUCAUGUGAUCGAGGACUUUCUGCCGUGGGAGUCCAAAUCGUUGGUGGUUGGCUCUCGCUUUGUGUGCAUGCAGCCAGUGACGCAGCGCUACCGUGCACCCUUUGAUCUUCCGGAUGCUUGCGACAUUUGCAUUCUUGUGCAAGACCAGAAAACACCCAUUUACUUUGGGUGGGAUACAAUCCGGUUUCGCUCACUAUUUUUGACUAAGAUGGUGCAAAAUAGCAAGAUGGAUCAUGUACACAAGCUGGAGGAUGGCCGAGUCGAACUCAAGAUUCAGAACUAUUCAUGGAAGGCCAUUCAAGCCUAUGGCAAGUACUUACAUGAGGAUGAGGUAGAAGGUGCGGAUCCCCAAACCCUUCUGGAGCUGCUUAAGCUUGCCGAUGAAUACGGAGAUGAGACUGGUUUGCAAGGGCUGUGUGCUAGUGCAUUACGAAGAAGCGUGAACAGUGAGAACUUGUGCUCGUUUCUGGAACAUUGCAUCAACAUGGAUCUGCUGACCUUGGCGUCUGACUGUGUCAAGCAAGGACUUACGUUGUCAAAUGUAUGCGGCGUGUUGAAUUUGACUGCCUGUCCUGAAGAUCAAGAUGCCGCUGUGAUGGAUACAGCAGUGAUGUCAAUGAUGAGAUACAUCCAGGACAUAUGCAUCGCAUUUGCUGCGCAGCAUGCGACGGUUUUCGUUGAGGACACAAACUUUGCCAACUUACAGCCCAAGAUUGCAAAGAAGUUCGUGUCAAAGCUAAGCAGCAUGAAACUACUCAAAACCUGA